UCACCUCCGGGACUCAUGCUGGCGUGCGUGAUGCGCCGCGAACGCAUCCCAAAAUGCCGCAGUCACCCCGCAUGGCCGGCCAUCGGGCAUGCGGACAGUACACACAUAGUCGUUUUCCGCGUUGCGCUGGUACUGGUACAUGGACUGAUGGUUCACUUUCUUCUUCUCUUUCCCGGGGCUCGCAGACUUCCCGCGCUCCUCGGCAGAAUGCUGCGGAGUCAACCACGGCGUGCCACAGCUCGGGCAGCCGUAGACCAGCCGGACAUUUCGCUCCGACAGCUCGUGGAUCCUCAGCUGCGCCACACAGCCCAGAUGGAAGCAGCUGUAGCAGUUCGAGCACUGGUGCAGCGCCCUCUCCGGAUCCUCCUGGAGGCGGUGGCACAGCCCACACUUGAGAUGCGUCAUCCGCGGGCGCUGCACCGGGACCUGGAGGGGGCGGAGCUGCUCCGGCAGAUAGUGCACGUAGUAUGCGAGGUUGAGGUGGUAACGUGGCGGAGACAUGUUGGUUGUAGGUCUGUCAGUUGAAGGGUUGGUUGAAGGGGGGGUUGCUGACGAACAUGUAGAAUAAAAGCAUAUCAGGGCGGAUUAUAUACUUCACAUCACAGCAAAGGGAACACUGAUUGUAAGCAGGAGUAUUUCAGUGUGGAACAGGUUCACCUCUUUGAGCUAUCUUGAGAUGGCGGUAUUCUUCGCGUUGGUCAUUUGAUAGCGUUCUUUGUAUGCAAGCACUUGGUCUUUGACAAGCUUACUUCUGACUACUGCCAUUGAGCUUGGCUAUGUCACCUGGUUGGGGUUGUUUCAUGUUGCAGAUAUUAUAAAAUUAUUG